UCUGGAUGAGAAUCUUUUCUUUCUAUGGAACAUAAGAUCUACAGCAUCUCUCAACCAGUGCUUUCACAAAUAUUUUAAAGGCAAUCCACGUAAUGUUCGGUGCAUUUCGCUGCAACAACAGUACGUCUAAGAAUUUGGAGUUCAUUGAUUUAUCGAGAAAGGUCGGUAUGGAUUCUCGCAAUUCUGCUGUACUGGCGUGUGAACCGUGCCGGGCUCAAAAGCUCAAAUGCAAUGGUGAUCUGUAUGGCUGCGAAAGGUGCCAAGAGUCAUCUACCGAUUGCACAUACCGCACCCCUACGCCCUUAUCCUCCACGCCGUUAAGCUUGAAACAUCCCGCCUCAGACCUCCCGGCACUUCCCUUGAAGCGGCGGCGGACCAAUGGUGUCGGAGCACUGCGUAUACAUUGCCCGUCGCCAGUUGGACCAACCCCCAGAAUACAGUCACCACUAUUACGGCCCGAGCCUGUCUUGAUCAAUUCCUACCAAGACUGGGGUCAAUUUUGCAACAUGAACACGACGGAACACCCAGGGCUGAACUUAACUUUAGACGAUAAUAUGCCCUGUUACCCAACGGCUCCUUUGAUCUCAGAGGCACAUCUGAAGCCCUCCCAUUUGGUGUCGCCAGCUACAUCGUAUUCAAGUGAAGGCGGCCCCAGCGUUUUUGUUCGAAACCCUCAUACGCCUGUCACUUCACAGGACCCGUCUAAGGAUCAGGGCCAGAAUUGCAAGUGCAUCCACUCGCUUGCCGACACGCUGGAGAGGGUUGGAGGUGACAACGACCAAAGGAGUAAUAUCGACCACAGUGAGCGUCUUGAUUACUUGCUCACGUCUCUGCACACCGGUGUUGAUACAUGUACCCGGGUACUUGAUUGCACCAACUGCGAUAUUUGUGCCACAAACUCAAUGAUUUUUAUGGCUUUAAUUCAGCAGCUUGCCAUAAGGUCGAGAGAUCUUUGCGACCUACUACUAUCGCUCCAGGACAAGCCACAGAGGACCUUGCCAGACGACCCAGCAGAUCUCCAGCCCGAAGCUAGCGUCUUCAUAGGAAGGUAUCAAAUUCAAAUUGAGGCUGUAUGUCGGGAGCUCGUCCACACUUUGGCGAACAUCCACUUCAGAGAUCUUCGUCGCUUACUAGCACGACUUCCUGAUAUGAUUGGAAAAAAGCCAAGGGCGAAUAAGAUGCUUACUGAGGCCACUGAGACUUCCGAGAAGGCGUCUCAUAUUCUUGAAGGGAUUCUAGUCAAGCGCGCUGCUGAGAAGGCAAAGAAUCACGAGUUAUACGGAUUGAUUACGCAGAGAGGUCCUUAAGGGGUUGCUCGUUACUUCUAUGCAAGGUAAGCUAACAUCAUUCUUCUGAUUGCGCAUAACCUUCUUCUAAUGACCCGUUUUCAUAUAUAGAUCAUCCCGUUUUCUCUUCAGUCACCAACUCGCUUAGCUCGACCACCAACACCAGUUCCAAGUUCUUCCUGGCAAACACUAUGGGACAAAUUGCACAU